UGCUCCUGAAGAUGAUCUGUUCGGAGGAGCUCCGCUGACUCUCAGGUGAUCUGAAGAGCUGAAGUUAGGGUCUGAGGCCGGAGGCUGUAGUUUGAAACAGAGUUACUUAGUAAAAUCUUUGAAGCGGGCCAGAGGCCAUGGCUUCAGAGACCAAUUGGCUGGAUAAUAAACGGACCUUCUUCUUUACGGCCUGUCCGGGAGGACGUUGAGGUGAAGACGUCGCGGAGGUGUGUCUCCUAAGGCCCUGUCUCACAGCAGAUCGGUGACCAUGGGGUCUCUGCGGAGGCCCAGGGCUCGCUUCAUGAGCUCCCCGGUGCUCUCGGACCUGGCCCGCUUCCAGAACGGAUCCUCAGCUCUGCAGCUGUCCAACACCAGCGUGUGGAACAGUGUCCAGACGGCUGUCAUGAGGGUGUUCCAGGGAGGAGGGCUGCAGGCCAACGAGCUCUACACGCUCAACGAGAGCAUCAGGUGGCUUUUGAAGACCGAACUGGGCUCCUUUAUCACAGACUUCCUACAGAACCAGCUGCUGACCAAGGGUCUUGAGCGCCUCCUGGAGAAGAUCCAGUUCUAUGAUGGUAACAACCAGCUGACGAUGCUGUCUGAGAUAUGGGUUCGAUUCUUUACGGAGACACUGCCGACCCUACAGGCUAUAUUCUACCCUGUCCAGGGACAGGAGCUGACCAUCAGACAGAUGUGUCUGCUGGCGUUCAGAGACCAGGUUCUGCUGCAGCUCGCCCUGGAGGAGACGCUGGGUGCUGCGGCCGGCGUCCCCCCGCCCCUCACACAGAUGCUGCUGGUGCUGCAGGGGGUCCAGGAUCCCAGUGGUCUGGGUCCGCAGUAUCUACAGCUGGAGCGUUUGGUGGAGAUGGGUGUGUCCCCGUAUCUCGGCAACGUCCUGCGCCAUGGCAACCAGCAGCAGCCAGACGAGGGCGUCGGGGAGCGCCCCCCCCAGGCGGGGUCCCAGGGGUCCAAGGGGGCGGAGCCGCCCUUCGCCCGGCCCGACUCCGACUCCUUGCCCCCCCUGAUGGAACAGGAGGGCGAGGCCUACCUGGAGAGGGCGGGGGGUCAGCGGCGCCACACGGUGGCCAACGCCCACUCAGACCUCCAGCUGCUGACCGCCUCUAGCAGGAUGCAUGCUGGGGGGGGAGGGGCCCCGAGAGAAUCUCCGGCCAAUCGCACGGCACACAGGCUCUGAGGGCGGGGCUGAGCACGGAUUUGGGGGCAGGGUAAAGCCUGCUGGUCAUCUGAGGUCAGCAGAGAUGUGUUGCUCAAGAGAACGUGUGGCAGCUGGCGAGGAACCCUGACUCUGUGGGGACUGACCGUAUAGAUCACUGUACAUGACCGAAUACACAUGAGCAUAUGUAAAUAAGGUAAUGUACAUGAUCAUAUACACAUUACAAUAUGUGCAAUAACAUACGUUACCAUAUGUACAUUACAAUAUGGUAAUGUUAAUUCGCAUGUGUACAGUACAUAUAAACAAUACAAUAUAUACAUUACCAUAUGGUCACGUACAUAUGGUAAUGUUCAUUACCAUAUGUACAUUACAAUCCUCCAUGUACCUUCUGUUGGACACCAGUCGAACGUGAUCCACAUGUUGUACUUUUAUAAAGGAGACUUUUACCACUUAAAUCUCCAGACUUUUUCUUCACAGGUUUGUUUUAAAGGUUAGGAAGCAAUCCGGCCACAUUCCACUUUGGCAUUUAGCCAUGGUCACACUAGCAACAUAUCAACUCUCUCCGUGAAGUGAGUGCUGAUUGGUCGAGCAGGUGACGCAUCAGGGUGCAGACACUAAAAUCUAUUGUGUUGGCUGGGAUCAGUGUGAGCAAUAUUUAGUCAUUUGUGUCAGCUUAGGGUUGAAAAUGGUGUUACUGCCCCCUAGUGUACGAGUUACCGUGACCUGAAAGUAUGUGUGUGCAAGCGUGAGUGUGUGUUGAAUGACUACACUUGAUAUUCCACCAGUUACAAUUUUAAUAACAUCAACAUGUAGAAAAACAGAAGAGCAUCCAGAAACUUCUUUUAAAAUUAUUCCCCUGUACAGUAUUUACACACACACACACACACACACACACACACACACACACACACACACACACACACACACACACACACACACACACACACACACACACACACACACA